AUGGGGCGUAAGGGGAGUGAAUCGGAGCCCACGAGGUGGGGUUCCCUAAUUCUUCUGUUGAUGGGUUUGGUCUCUUUCACGGCGGUUUACAUCUUCAUCUCCUCCGUAUUAAGACCACCACCGCUCAAUUCAGGGAUUGGGCCUUUGGGAAAUGGGAUUUCGACUGGCGAUGGUGAUUGCUGUAAAGGGAUUGAGAAUUUGGAGCUGUGGGGUGAUGCUGUCAAAUGGGGCUCCGAAUUCAAGUUGAAUUCGUCUCAACAGUGCUGUCAAGCUUGUAAGGAGAUGUGCACUGGGAACCAGGGCCCGUGCCUCUGUGAUUCUUGGGUUUUUUGCGGGAAUAAGGAAGUUUGUGGGGAGAGAUUUGGUGAGUGCUGGUUGAAGAAACAGAAGGAUGUGCUGGCUCCCGAGAAGCAGACAGUAGGGAAGACAGUGAUGUGGACAUCUGGCAUCGUUUUUGGUCGAGGAGAGGGCAUUGUUGGGUUAGUGACGGAGUAUGGCACUCUUCACAUCAAGUUAUUUCCUGAUUGUGCACCGCGCUCAGUUGCAUAUAUCCUGGAGUUGUUGUCUUUGCGCCACUGUGCAGGUUGCCAUUUUUAUCGGGCAGAAGGGCGAGGCCAAUUCUGGGACGUUAAAGGAAAUCACAUAAAAGAUACUUCAUUUGGGCCUCCGUUUGCACUUAUUCAAGGAACGCUAGAAGCACAGGGACAGGCUUUUGAGAGUAUAAAAUCUGAGCACUGCCCGACCAUAAGAAGGGGUUCGGUGGCGUGGGUUGGGUCAGGCCCGGAAUUCUUCAUAAGCCUUGCAAACCAUGAGGAGUGGAAGAAUUCGUACACUGUGUUCGGUUCUGUGCUUCCCGAGGAUAUGGUGAUUGCCGAAAAAAUCGCUCGACUUCCCACAAAGCCGGAUAAUUGGAAUAACAUUAAUGUCUCGGUUCUUGAGAAAACUGUACCGUUGAAGGUUCAAAGAAUCAACCUCUGA